AUGAGCUCGAUAUACGACACAUCCUCCUGGGUCGACACCUGGGCUGCUGCUAUCGUCGCUGAGCCGGCCUCACGUGAGACGAUCGCAGCACGUCUCAAGGAUCUUCUCGCGGGCAAAAGCAUCGGGGGCGUCCCAGGCAUCCUUGCUUCACAGAAGCCUAAAGACAUGCUCUCCCAGUUUGUCCGCACAGCACAGUGGGACUUCAAGCCCGCGGCACUCGACGACGUCUGGCACGCCGUAUUCGACAUUGCCAAGGGCCAUGGAUGGACAGAGCACUUCCGCGACGAGACGUACUACUGGACGGAGCAAUACCUACUCAACGUCGCCUGGGACGCCCUCUCCGACGACGAAGACUCAGACGAAGGAGGCGAAGAAUAUGACAACUCCUGGAUCACUUGUGCCAUGGGCGCCGCUCGCCUCUUUUCCCUCGGCUAUGGCUACUCCGCCUUUGCCUGGAAUGCACUCCUCGAUGGGUUAGGGCUCGGUGGGGAGGAGCGAAACUCUGACAGCAUGCGGAUUGGUGCAUGCGCACAGCUCCUAGGCGCUGGGCGAAGAAUCAAGCUUCACCUUCUCGGAGGCGGCGAGGAGCGCCACACACCCGGGUUUGCGGGCCGGCAUUUGGACGCGCAGCCAAAGGAGAAGAGGGCCGAUUGGGAGAAGAAUGGCGCUGAGACGUGGGCGAAUUUCUUAAAGAUGCUGGUAGAUGAGCAGCAAAGGGCAGGCUCGAGAGCUGCUGCACUCUUAAAGGCGAGUUUCGUCGAGCUGUUCAAGUCCUGA